GCUUCAGGAUUUGUAGUAUUUGUUUUAGUGAUAUUUCCAAAAUAAAAAAAUGGAUGGAGCUCUGCAACUUCCGAUGGUUGAUCUUAGCUCUACAGAUCGCACCUUACUCGCUGAUUCACUCCGCAAGGCAUGCGUUGAGAAUGGAUUCUUUUACCUGAUAAAUCAUGGGGUAGAAGAAGAGUUGAUUCAACGAGUUUUCGAAGGGAGCAGAAGGUUUUUUGGUCUCUCACUUGAAGAAAAGAUGAAGCUGCUUCGUCAGAAUCAUAGAGGUUACUCCCCCCUUUACUCUGAGAAGCUUAAUUCUACUGACAAUCCCAAAGGUGACCCAAAAGAAAGCAUCUAUUUUGGAGCACCUGAAGACAUGUCACCCUAUGGUAAUCUAAAUCAGUGGCCUUCCCAAGAAAUUCUGCCAUGUUGGAGAUCUACGAUGGAAGAAUACUACCGAAGAAUUCUGUGGGUUGGGAAAAGAGUAGUUUCACUCAUGGCUGUAGCGCUAAAUGUGGAUGAAGAUUUCUUUGAGAAAGUUGGUGCAUUCGAUCCACCCACUGCUCUUCUUCGCCCCCUGCAUUAUCCAGUCGCAGGUGAGAUAGACUCUUCUGAUAAACAUAUGCAUGGCGCUGGAGCUCAUACAGAUUGUGGAAUGAUUACUAUCCUAGUGACUGAUGGUGUUCCUGGACUUCAGGUUUGCAGGGAUAAGUUACAGAAACCACAGAUUUGGGAGGAUGUGCAUCAUCUCAAAGGGGCUCUCAUUGUUAAUAUUGGAGAUAUGAUGGAAAGGUGGACAAAUUGCUUGUUUAAGUCAACAUUGCACAGAGUGACACAGCCAACACAGGAUCGAUACUCGGUGGCUAUGUUUUUUGAUCCAAGUCCAGAUUGUGUUGUGGAAUGCUUGAAGAGUUGUUGUAAUGAGUCUUCUCCCCCUAGUUCGUGCGGCAGACUACCUAAAGGAGACCUACAAAGUUACUUAUGGCGACCAGUGACUUCAAGACUAGGAAAACACGUCUCAGUUGCAAUAGUCAUGGACCCUUGUAUUAUGGCUCUUCUCCUUCCAGUGGUGUUGAUGUUUUCUUCUACAGCUUUUGCCGCAAUUCGUGCUCCAUCCUCUCUUUGGCAUCGUCAUCUAGGCCAUCCAAGCUCCAUAGUUUUAGAUUAUUUAGUUCGAAAUAAUAAACUGUAUUGUUAUUCUUUCAAGCGUUUUGAUUCAUUAUGUAUUGCUUGUCAGCUUGCCAAGCACCAAAAAUCGCCAUUCAAUAAAUCAAGUUCCUUUACUUCUUCUUCUCCAUUUGAAUUAAUACAUAGUGAUAUAUGGACUUCUCACAUCCCAUCCUUUACUGGAUUUCGCUACUAUAUUCUUUUUCAUGAUGAUUUUACCAAGUUUUUCUGGGUAUUUCCUCUGCGACAAAAGUCUAAGGCUUUCACUAUGUUUAAGAAAUUUUACGCCUUCAUUUCAACUCAGUUUUCCACUAAAAUAAAAAAGUUACAAUGCGAUGAGGCUGCUGAAUAUGUUAAACUUAAAUUAUUUCGUUCUUUUCUCAAUGAUAAUGGAAUUUCUCUUCGAAUCUCUUGCCCUCAUACCCACCAACAAAAUGGAAAGGCUGAGUGAAUGCAUCGCACAAUCUUGAAUAUGAUUCACUUUUCCAAGCCUCUCUCCCCUUUACAUUUUGGGUAGAAGCAUUGCACACUGCAGUGUAUCUCCUAAAUAUUCUUCCUACUGCUUCUAAUCAUCACAAAACACCAUUUGAAUUAUUAUUUGGCCGGUGUCCUACCUAUGAUCAUUUACGUGUCUUUAGUUGUUCUUGUUAUCCUAAUCCUCGUGACUAUUGCGCAAAUAAAUUAAGUCCCCGUUCCAUACAGUGGGUUUUCCUUGGUUAUCCCUCUAACUAUAAGGGUUUCCGAUGUUUUGAUCCGUUAAGUAAUAAAGUCUGUAUCUCAAGACAUGUUCGUUUUGAUGAGAAUUCAUUUCCCUAUCCACGACCUUUACAUCCAAAUCCACAAACAAUAUCCUCAAAUAUUUUUGCACAUAAUCCGCUCCAGCAUCCCAGAACUACUGCAAUUCCUUGUGAUAAUUCUUCCGGUUUAUAUCCACCUACUUCUAAACUUCAUCUCAUGGUUACAAGAAAACAAACUGGUUCACUUAAACCUCGAAUUUUACCAUCUUUAAUAUCUCAUAUUUCACUACUUCCACUAGAACCAAACUCCUUUACAGAAGCUAACAAAUCGCCUCAUUGGAAACGUGCAAUGGAUGAAGAGUGCAAUGCUCUUAUAUCCAACCACAUUUGGGAUCUUGUGCCUCCACUAUCUAAUGCUAAUGUUAUUGGCUAUCGUUGGGUUUAUAGAGUUAAACAAAAGUCUGACGGGUCUCUUGAACGUUACAAAGCGUGACUUGUCAAGUCGCUCUAGGUUACAAUCAACAACAUGGACUAGACUAUGAUCAAACAUUUAGUCCAGUGGUGAAACCAGUCACCAUUCGUAUUGUUCUCGCUAUUGCUGCAUCUAAGAAAUGGCACGUCUAUCAAUUAGAUAUCAAAAAUGCCUUCUUGCAUGGCACUCUUAAUGAGCUGGUAUACAUGAAACAGCCUACAGGCUUUGUUCAUCCACAAUUUUCACAUCAUAUUUAUCGGUUGAACAAAGCUCUUUAUGGUUUAAAGCAAGCCCUACGGGCAUGGUUUAAACGUUUUACUUCUUUUAUUGGUCUUCAAUAUCUUACAUUUACUCGUCCAGAUAUUGCAUUUGUUGUUACUCAAGUGUCCUAGUUUAUGCACUCACCUUCGCUAACUGAUUUUACUGCGGUGAAACGUAUCCUACGAUACUUGAAUGGCUCUUUGACUCAUGGUUUAUUCAUUCCUGGUGGUUCUAUUGAUAGUUUGUCCUGUUAUAGUGAUGCCGAUUGGGUUGGUUGCCCAACCACUCGACGAUCUACCUAAGCUUUUUGCUUGUUUCUUGGUUCUAAUCUUGUUUCUUGGUCUUCUA